AUGAUAGGGGUGAUGGGGAUGAAGAGGGUGAUGGGGAUGAAGGGGGUGAUGGAGAUGAUGGAAAUGAUUGGUGUGAUGGGGAUGAUGGAGAUGAUGGGGAUGAAGGGGGUGAUGGGGGUGAUGGGGAUGAUGGGGGAUGGGGGGGGUGAUGGAGAUGAUGGGGAUGAUGGGGAUGAGGGGGGUGAUGUGGAUGAUGGAGACGAUGGGGAUGAUGUGGAUGAUGUGGAUGAUGGAGAUGAUGGGAUGAUGGGGAUGAUGGGUGUGAUGGAGAUGAUGGGGAUGAGGGGGGUGAUGUGGAUGAUGGAGACGAUGGUGAUGAUGGAGAUGAUGUGGAUGAUGGAUGAUGAUGAAGAUGAUGGGGGUGAUGGCGAUGAUGGAGAUGAUGGGGGGGGGUGA